AGAGAACGACAAAUUGUGAAGUUGCAAAUGAGAAAUUGUUUUGAUAGGAAUAUGGAUCACAUUGCAAUGAAGAUUAAAAAGUUAUUUGUAGUAAAUUAUCACGUGCGCUAAGGAUAAGUGGAUACUUAUUAUUAGGCAGAAUCCGUUAUCCUCGUGUGGCAGCAGAAAUUUAUUUUAUUUAUUUCUUUAUUUCGUGUCGUCGUGCGUUGCUUUGCUCGUCAACCAUCUUCUGUCGAUUGAAUUAACUAAAAUAAUCGCAAUUAAUUUUGCAAUAAUUAUUAUUGGGAAACUAUAUUAAAACCUCUACAAACAUAAAAUGUCGUACGACGAGUUGACAGCAGAAUUAAAAAGUCUAAAAAAACGUUUAUACACGUUCAAGUUGAAAGGGAUGGAACUUCAUCAACGUGCUAGGAAUCAUAUUUCGACUCACCGGGCGGAAAUGUUUGGUCAGGGCAGUGCUCAAGAAAAGGAAGUGGACAUGAAGUUUGCAGCCUUUGGUCCUAAUCCUCAGUCAAUCCCACUUUCAAAUGAAUACAUUUUGGAAAUGAUUGCAUAUCAUCUCCCCUGGAAGGAUUUGCAAAAUUGUAAAAAAGUUUGCAAAUUAUGGAAUGAGGAAAUGUCUAGAUGUGAAAUGAAGCGCAAAUCAAUCGUGGUAGCAUCCGACGAGGAUUCAGAUAUUGUGACCGACUUGGUGAGGCAAAAGACACGUGGAAAUCUCGUCUCUUUGUCGACACUCGUCAUUCUAUCCACAUCGUUGGACACGAAGCCUGUUCAACUAGUAGUAAAUCAUUUUGGAACCACACUGAGCAGUUUAAGACUGGACGAAUGCACUAUGACUGCGCAAGAAUUGUAUCUCAUUUUGAGGGACGUCCCAGCUCUAGAUCAUCUGUCGGUAAAAUCAAAUGAAGUCACGCGUCGCAGGAAUGUCCCAGCUCGUCGAGAUGGAUUCUCGCCAUUGGAUCAAAUCACAUCCAACGUAUUCACUCCCACUUUGGUGCUUCACUAUUUAAGAGAAUUAAGCUGGGAGGAUGAACGAGAUGUUACUGCAUUAGAAAGGCUGCCUAGAAUGUGUCCCAACUUGGUGUCCUUGCAAAUUUCUAAUCUUGGAGCGUGUCAGCCGGACUUGUUUCAAAAUUUGAACUGGAAAACAUUAAAAGUCCUUGAUUUAAAACUUGGUUGGAAUACGCGAAUUAAGCAGAUUAAUUACUUUCGAUCCUUCUCAAAGAUGGGAUUGAAACUAAAGAGUUUAUUUUUAAAGAACAUCAUGCCUGAUGGAUAUAACAGGAUGAAGGAAUUUAAAAAGUUCUUGGAAUGUUCAAAAAAAUCUUUGGAAGAUCUCCGAAUUACUCGACCCGUUAGUGAUCACGUGGAAAUAUCAAGCCGUUUAUAUUCCCCGUUUCCUGUUCGCAUGAAUUCCUUAAAAUCUCUGACCAUUGAUAUGGAAUUUGUAACCUCGCUUAACAUAAUAGAUCAUCUCCCUGUCCUGGAAAAAUUGAGCUGUAAAUGUAAUUACUGGAUCAAUUGGUGGAAAAUUCUAAAAAAGACUACUCUACCAAAAGUUCAGCGUUUCAUCAACGAAGUAUCCCUCGGAGCAAUAGACAAUGAUUGUUUAAAAAAAAUUAUCCAAGCGUUUCCUAACAUUUUGACCCUGGACAUCACGGAGGAUCGAGUUGACGAUACGUUAUUUAGCACAAUUUGCGGUAACCUGCCGCGACUUCGAAUUCUUAGGAUAAGAAGCUCAAUCAAUCACAACCGACCACACUUAUGUUUGACUGAUCAUGGAAUAACUGGAAUUUCACAGGAUGAAUGCUCAAAAUUAGUCUUGGAGGAAGAUUUCCAGGAUGAAAAUGUGGAAUCUCUCCGAACUCAGCCAAAUAUACGUAAUCUAAAAGAAUUGCAUAUACUAGAAAUUAAUUGCGCCCCAAAAUUGAGCGAUCUGACCUUAUUUCAUGGACUCGUAGGACUUCCAUCACUAGUCGUCAUUCAUCUUCCCACCUGCUUGAUUACUGAUGCCAGUUUACAACGAUUUCCAAAUUUUCAAAUUUCAAGAGAUCCAGACGGAAGUCGACGAAUUCGGGUGAAAGCUACAAUGAACGAAAGUGUGUCCACUUUACUAAACUUGGUCGCAGAUGGUUCCGUCAUGAAAAAUCCGCUGAGCCUUUUUGGUGAACUGGUUGCUGAACUUAGUGAAUUUCCUGGUUGAUAUUGGCAAACACAGAAUAAGUUAUUCAAAUACCUUUAUAAUUUGUUGUAAUCUCAUACGCCAUGAUUACUGGGUGUCAUUAUUAGAGACGUUGAGCAAGAGUACAAUAUUGUAAAAAAAUGAUUGUAUGUAGAAUCACAAUCACAAUCUAUGAUUGUAUGUUCUUGAGGUUGAGCAAGAAUAUUUUAUGGGAGGAUUGUAAUUCUCAUUAAUUUCCGGCGGCAGAUUUGAAAUUCCUUCAAGUUGGGUAUAUGAGUACAAUACAAUGCUGCCUGGAGACGGAGAUUUUUAAUCCUGAGUUUGACUAAAAGUUUGACUAAUUUUGAUUUUUCCGCUGUGUUUACAAUCGCAAAAUACAAUCAUGUACUCUUGCUCAACCUGUCUAUUAUUUAAGACAAUAGCAGUAUUUUUAUAUUCCCGUAUAUUAGUACUUUCUACAGUACUUUUCCCAAUAAAAAUAAGUCAACCCGUCUGAAUUAACAUA